CCAAAUCGUUCUGAUGGACACGUAGAAGGGAGGCAAAGUGGGGCUGGACUUUAGAUUUGGGACGUCGGGUUGUUUCUGUUUGGAUUUGUCUGUCUGAAGGACCGUGGAUACUACAGGAAGGUUUUGGAGAGAUGUCUGAUUCAUCAGGGGCAGGAACACCUGCCCCUCAGCAGCAGAAGAGGAAGCAGGUGUUUCACGGUUUGGAGGAUCAGAAAAAGAUCUACACGGACUGGGCGAAUCAUUACUUGGCAAAAUCAGGACACAAGCGGCUGAUUAAGGACCUGCAGCAGGAUGUCAGUGAUGGAGUUCUGCUGGCGGAAAUCAUCCAAGUUGUAGCCAAUGAAAAGAUUGAAGACAUCAAUGGCUGUCCGAAGAGCCGCUCUCAGAUGAUUGAGAAUAUUGAUACCUGUCUGGCGUUUCUGGCAGCUAAAGGUGUGAACAUACAGGGACUGUCUGCUGAAGAGAUCAGGAAUGGUAAUCUGAAGGCGAUUUUGGGGCUUUUCUUCAGUUUGUCUCGCUACAAACAGCAGCAGCAGCAGAGACAGCAGCCUGUGACACACACACACUCACACAGCGCUCAGAGCAGCACAAACUCUCCCCCCCCGCAUGGGACACACACACACCGAGUGCAGGCAGAGAUGCAGUCCAGACUCCCUGGCCCUACAGCCCGGGUGUGUGUUGUGGGCAGUGAGGGGUCUCCCCGGGGGUCCGUCAGUUCAGCAGGGAACCGUCGGAGUCAGGCCUUCAGCAGCGAGAAGAACAGCAAAACUGCAGUUCCUCAGCCCAAAGAAUCAUUGGACAGCAUCUCCUCCCAUCCUCCAGGUAUGACUGAGCAUGCACCGUCGUCCCUGGCAACCGUCAGCACCUCCAUCUUCACCAGCACUGUGGCAUCUUCCUCCUCCUCCUCAUCUUCUGGCUCUGCCAUCCCUCAGCCCAACUCGAGCAGCAAACCCUGGAGGAGCAAAUCUACGAGCACCAAGCACACAUCUACCUCCACCAUUCUUACAGCUAAGCAGGAAGCUCUGGCUAAGCAGCCAGCGCCCGCAGAACCCCCUUCGAAAGCCCUUCCGCAGAGGUCCAUGCUGGAGAAGCUGAAGCUCUUCAACAGUAAAGGAGGCUCCAAGUCCUCUGCGCAGCCAGAGGGCGCUGUGGUGCCUCCAGCUGUGGGGAAAGACACAGCUGUGGUGCUGGAGAAAGUAGAGGCUAGUGCUAACACCGAGCCUCUGGAGGAGGCUGAGGGCAAUGCUAGGCCUGCUAACGGAUUAACUAGCAGCAGCCCAAAAAUCGCCCUGAAGGGCAUCGCUCAGCGGACCUUUAGCAGAGCGCUAACGGCUAAGAAAACCUCAACGAAAAAUGUGGAGAAGGAGAAAGAGAAGGAGAGGGCGAAGGAGAAGGAGAAAGAGAAAGAAAAGGAGCAUGGAAAAGAGGAGUCCAAGCAUCAAGUGACCUCUGAGAAGGCGGUGUUUAAAGAGGAGGAAGUGACCGGAGCAUCAGAAGUGGCAGAGGCGGAGCCUAAAAGAAACUCUAAAAUUGCUAGCUUUAUUCCUAAAGGGGGUAAACUCAACGCCAAGAAGGAUAACUCUGCCCCUGCGCACAGCAGCAUCCCCAAACCCGGCAUUAAAAGUUCUGCGGGUGGGAAAGGCUCAGGAGCGGCCCUCGGUGGCAAAGACAACGAGAGGCCACGUAGCAUUCGGCUAGGUGGAGGGAUCAGUCUCCAUAGAGACAGCCGCCACUCCUCCUCCUCCUCCAGCCUUGCUUCCACUGAGGGUAAAGCCCACCAGACCAACAGCACCGCCCAGGUGGCUAAUGGAGGUACUACACAGUCCACAGCCAGCAACACAGUCAGUGUGCAGCUGCCUCAGCCUCAGCAACAGUACAGCCACCCAAACACAGCCACCGUCGCACCGUUCAUGUACAGAUCCCAGACGGAAGGAGAUGACAGUAUUACCAUGGAAACAGGCUCCGGAGGACACACUGGGGACUCCGGCAACUUCAGCAAGACCAACCAGACGUCCAUAGAAGACUUAUCAGGUGAAGAUCCUGAGACCAGGAGGCUGAGAACCGUUAAAAACAUUGCAGAUCUCCGGCAGAAUCUGGAAGAAACCAUGUCCAGUUUGCGAGGGACUCAGAUCACACACAGCACUUUGGAAACAACCUUUGACAGUGGGGUUACCACAGAGUUAAGUGGCCGCAGUUUGCUGUCCCUGUCGUCCCGUCCGGUUCCGCUGGCCUGGGCCAGCCGAGUUGGUCAGUCCAGUCCGAGGCUGCAGGCAGGCGAUGCUCCCUCGCUGGGGAAUGGUUACCCUGGUCGUGGGGGUGCAGGGCCGGCUCAGGGGCGGUACCUUUACCCCGCCCCCCUGCGCAGGCAGCUGGUGGCACGCGGCAGCGCCCUCUGUGGGCUAGAGCUGAGAGAGCGGGGAGAGGAGCUGGAGAUGGAUGUUAGCGGCUAUGUUAGCGAUGGAGACGUGCUGGCUAAGAACGCCCGCAUUGAUGAGAUUACCAGUGGCUACAUGACGGACGGGGGAUUGAGUCUGUACACUCGGCGGUUGAACCAUUUGCCGGACGGCAUGGCCAUGGUGAGGGAAACGCUGCAGAGAAACGCGUCCACCGGCCAGGGAGAUGCAGACAGUUGGGAUGACAGUAGUUCAGUCAGUAGUGGAAUCAGUGAUACAAUCGACACCGAUGACAUCAACACCAGCUCCUCCAUCAGCUCCUAUGCCAACACACCUGCAGCUCCACGCAAACACCUCAACGGCCAGCCUAAAACUGACGCGGAGAAACACUCGUCGGUCGAACAUAACUCCACCUGGUCGGGCGACGAGGUCAAAAGGUCAGACGGCGGCUCGGACAGUGGAGUGAAGAUGGAGUCCGGCUCAAAGUGGCGACGGAACCCUUCAGACGUGUCAGACGAGUCGGAUAAGGGUGGCUCUGGGAGGAAGGGUGUGUCCAUCUCACAGACCGGCUCCUGGAGGAGGGGCAUGAGCACACAGGUGGGCGUGACCACGCCUAGGAAGAAAAGUACCACUGUUACCACAGGAACGGGGAUACUGAAAACACAUGGGACAGCUAAAACAGAUGAUGCUAAAGUCUCAGAGAAAGGCCAUCUGUCUCCGCGGCCCAGCGGAGUCAAUUGUUCUCCCUCUGAUGCAGGCCGGAACAGCUCUGACUCCACCCCCUCUACCCACUCUGACUCCGCCCCCUCAUCCUCCACCCGUGUGCCCACCAGCAGCAGCUCCUUCGGCUUCAAGAAACCUGGCUCCUCUGGGCCAGCCUCCGUCACCACAGUAACCACCUCUGGCAUCGCCAUGGUGACAGCCAGUGGGGCAACCAUCACCAGCGGCUCAGCCACCCUGGGAAAGAUCCCCAAAUCUGCCGCACUGGUGGUUGGGGCAGGCAAAGAGAGGUCUGGACUGAAGGGGGCGCCAGAGGGCACUCUGGUAACCCAAGAGGACGGAUACUUAGCCGCCAGGUCAACGUUGCAGUACCGCAGCCUCCCUCGGCCAUCCCGCUCCGGUUCUGCCACUCACCAUGGCAACCGCUCCUCCACCAGCAGCAUCGAAUCAGGACUGUGCACACGAGCCCCUGCCCUAGCCGCCGUCACAGCCAAUAAGACUCGAGAACCCGCACCGAAGACCAAUGGGAGCUUAACACCUGCCAACCAGACGGACAAGGAGAAGGGCGGAGCUUCAGAGACGGACAGCCUGAGAGCUAGUCCGAUUGGGUCGAGUGGAGGGGCGGCGACUAUUCCACAGACGGCGAGACAGGGCAAAUACACAGAGGUGUCCUCACCUACACUGCGCAGACUCUUCGGUGGAAAGGCUAAGCAGGCCCCUGUGACCACAGCUGAGAGCCUGAAGAACUCUGUGGUCAUCUCCAACCCUCAUGCCACGCUCGGGCACCAGACCCUGCCCUCCGGCGGGCCCCUGGACUCCAGUGGGGGCAGCGAGCAGGCGUCCAGCCCGGGGUCGGUGUACUCAGGGACGGGGACCUGGGGGACCACCAUCAGCAGCUCGUCCGCACUGGGCUACCCCUCCGUCAGCAGCCUGCACACUAGCAGCGAGUCCAUAGACAUGUCGGUGAGCAGCGGGCAUCACCGUGACGACGCUCACCCGGUGCUCACACGGACCGGCAGUGCCAAGACGGAGAGGUACACCCCCUCAGCGCAGCUGCGUCAGGAGGAGGCUCGUGAUUGGCUGCGCUCUCACUCCACCAGCGGCCUGCAGGAUUCGGCCUGUAACUCUCCAUUUUCCACCGGCUCCAGCCUGACCUCGCCCUCCGGAACACGCUUCAACUUCACUCAGCUCGCCAGUCCCACCACAGCGGCGCAGAUAAACCUGGCCAGCCUGCGCAACAACAGCGUAACCAAUCAGGACAGCGUGCUGGACGUCUGCGGAGACACCCGUUUGCGGAACUCCUGCAUGUCUCUGGACGAGAAAACACGAACCAUGAGCCGCUCCGCUUCAUUUAGAGACGGAUUUGAGGAAGUUCAUGGUUCCUCCCUCUCUUUGGUCUCCAGCACCUCCUCCAUCUACUCAACGACUGAAGAGAAAUCACAGUCAGAGAUCCGUAAGUUGCGCAGAGAGCUGGACGCUUCUCAGGAAAAGGUUUCCGCCCUGACAACACAGCUGAGCGCUAACGCCCACCUGGUGGCAGCGUUUGAACAGAGCCUGGCGAACAUGACCAUCAGACUGAAGAGCCUCACCAUGACCGCAGAGCAGAAGGACUCUGAGCUGAACGAGCUGAGGAAGACGAUCGAGCUGCUGAAGAAACAGAAUGCUGUGGCUCAGGCCGCUAUUAAUGGAGUCAUCAACACACCUGAACUCACCUGCAAAACUGAACGCACAGGUUCUAACGGCUCGGCGUGCAUGCAGCCAGAGCUGCGUAUGCGCAGACAGCACUCCUCUGACAGCAUGUCCAGCGUCACCAGCACAACCAGCCACUCUAGCAUGGGCUCCAACAUCGAGAACCCUGACAAUAGCAGCAAGAAGAAGAAGAAGAACUGGGUGUAUGAGUUGCGGAGCUCCUUUAAGCAGGCCUUCACCAAGAAGAAAUCUCCAAAAUCAGCCUCCUCACACUCGGACAUCGAGGAAAUGACCGACUCUCUGCCCUCCUCCCCAAAACUGACCCACAAUGGCUCCACCGCGUCCACCAUGUCCGCUCCACUGCUCAGGAACUCGCACUCUAAUUCACUGCUGCAGGACUGUUUGGACGGAGAGGCUGAGACGGUGAUGCAGCUGCGCAGUGAGCUCCGGGAGAAGGAGAUGAAGCUGACAGACAUUCGGCUAGAGGCGCUAAGCUCCGCCCACCAGCUGGACCAACUGAGAGAGGCCAUGAACCGCAUGCAGUCUGAAAUAGAGAAGCUGAAGGCGGAGAACGAUCGCCUGAAGAGCGAGAGCCAGACAAGCGGCCGAGCAUCAUCUCAGAGUUCACUCUCUAACCCCCCUCACUCUCAGACACCCACAGCCGGCCUGUCGCAGCACAGCCUCAACCUCACCGAGUCCACCAGCUUCGACAUGCUGCUGGACGAUGCUGGAGGUGACAGUUUCCGUACAGAGGGCCGGCACGUGAAGAUUGUGGUCAAUUUGCAGGAAGACGCACCAUGGAGAGAGGAAUGCAGGCCACGGGACUUCAUGAUUGGCUGUAUUGGGGUGAGCGGAAAAACCAAGUGGAACGUUCUGGACGGAGUGGUCAGACGGCUUUUUAAAGAGUACAUCAGGCACGUAGAUCCGGUCAGUCAGCUGGGACUAGGCUCAGACAGUGUGGAGGGUUAUCGCAUCGGGGAUGUGCUGAGACCCAGCGGAGCAGACACGCCGGAACUACUUCCCUGUGGCUACCUGGUGGGAGAGAACGACACAAUCAACAUCUCUCUGAGAGGUGUGCGCUCUCAGUGUGUAGACGCUCUGGUGUUUGAGACGUUGAUCCCUCGGCCGGUUCUGCAGCGGUACGUGUCUCUGCUGCAGGAGCACCGGCGCCUCAUCCUGUCAGGCCCAAGUGGAACAGGUAAAACACACCUGGCCCAGCGGCUCGCUGAACACAUCGUACUGCAUGAGGGACGCACGCCCAGCGAUGACAACAUUGUCACAUUCAACGUAGACCACAAAUCCAGCAAGGAGUUGAGGCAGUAUUUAGCUGCAGUAGUGGAACAGUGUUCUGCAGGGCCAGACGCUGAAGCUCCUCUGGUUCUAAUCCUCGAUAGUCUGCACCACAUCAGCUCUCUGGGGGAAAUAUUCAACGGCCUGCUCAACUACAAAUACCAGCACUGUCCAUACAUCAUCGGCACUAUGAGUCAGGCCACAUCAUCAUCUCCAAACCUGCAGCUCCACCACAACUUCAGGUGGGUGCUGUGUGCGAACCACACAGAGCCGGUGAAGGGCUUUCUGGGUCGUUUCCUGCGCAGGAAGCUGAUAGAGACAGAGAUCAGCAGCCGGAGUCGGAGUCCGGAGCUGGUGAAGAUUAUCGAGUGGAUCGCACGUGUCUGGCUCCACCUCAACCGCUUUCUGGAAACACACAGCUCCUCGGACGUCACCAUCGGUCCUCGGCUGUUCCUGUCCUGCCCCAUGGACGUAGACGGGUCGCGGGUUUGGUUCACUGACUUGUGGAACUACUCCAUCAUACCGUACCUGCUGGAGGCCGUCAGAGAGGGACUGCAGCUGUACGGACGCAGAGCACCAUGGGAAGACCCCGCCCGCUGGGUGAUGGAAACAUUUCCUUGGGGGUCGAACCCCAUGCAGCCUGAUUGGCCAGCUUUACUGCAGCUCCGCCCAGAGGAUGUGGGGUUCGAUGGAUACUCCUCCUCGAGAGAGGGAGCCAGUAAACAAAACACUCAGAGUGACAGUGAUGCUGAUCCACUGAUGAACAUGCUGAUGCGGCUGAAGGAGGCGGCAAACUGCUCCAGCCCACAGAGUUACGACAGCGACUCCAACAGCAAUGGUCACCAUGACGACAUCCUCGACUCCUCGCUGGAGUCCACGCUGUGAUGCUCCACUUUGCCUUUUCAUUUUACUCAGCACUGACGUUUCGGUGAACGUUUUUCCCUCCAGCUCAGGCAGCUGCUUUCAGAUUCAUCUCUCUGCAUGGGUGCUGGAAACCUGUCCAGAGAAAAGUGGCUCCAUCCUCUGAAAAAUGGAAAAAACAAACAAAUACUGCACUACCCAUAAUUCAGCUCAUCUUCAAGCCUCCACUCAUGAAGCAUACAGAUUUUAAAACAGCACAAACAGCGACAACACUGUUCCCAGGAGCAUUACUUCACAACUUCUUCUCUCAGCUUCUUUUUAUCCUGACUUUCAAGAAAGAUUUCAGCAAAAAAAAAUCUAAUUUAGAAAAGACUUUUAGCUUAGCUUUGCAACAAAAUGUAGCAGAGGCUAGCCCAAACUUGAUUUUUUAUGCAUUUUAGUCUGUGUUCACAGAUAACAGUGUACUGAACACUGUCAGAAACCACAUCAAGUCUAUUAGAGAUACCGAACAACUCCACACAAUCUGAGUGUGCAAUGAUUUAGUCAUGCUGUUAGCAUCAUGCUAAUAAUGGCUGCUUGGAUUAUUUACCUACAUUAGCCUCGUAGCUCCACUGCUAAAACUCAAAAGGCAAACUUCAGACACCAAACAUGUCUGAGCUGAUUCACUACAUUUGGAUUAAAGGGAGAUAAAUGUGCAAAUUUGACAUUUACUUCCACCAAAUGAUAAUUUUUAGCAUUCUGAGAGAAACUUCCGCAGAGAAAAUGGUGCUAUGAAGGAUGCUGUGCCCCCUGCUGGUGAGAUUUGGGAACUACAUUCAGAAAAAAGACUGGUGGACAGAUUACACACAUAUAAACUCCACUACUGUGCCACAAAGUUUGUUUAUUGUGAUGCUGGCCAUCGUCGCAUAUCUUCAAUGCAAUAGCAAGACGUUCUGGACAGAUUUUAGAAGCCUAAUUUUGGACCAAACAAGAUGUUCGGCCCACGAAACAAGCUUUUUGUGUAAUUUUACGUCAACAAAACUACCGUUGUGUCUUUUUGCUAUUCAAAGAUAGCGGAUAAUUUAUUUUAAUGAUCUCAUAUCUAUCCUGGAUCUGCUUUUUCUUGCACCAGCGCUGAAUAAUUUACUCUUUCAUCAACGAGGCAGGUCUCCUUUGCACACUUGUUCGCUGUAGCACUCCCACAUUCGCAUCACUCUGGCUGUUUUUUGUUUUUUUGGUGCUGAAUCGACCCUGGUGCCUUAAAUCUGUUUUGUAACGUAAACCCAAAAGGCACUGUGUUUAUAAAUGUUUUUAUACUGAACUCUUCAUUGAACUGUAACAGGGUUCUGCUGUUUUUUCAGCCUGCCGGACUGAAACAGCCUUUAUAGUGGCUUUAUUAUGUUGUCAUAUCGAACAGUCAGUGGACAUUAAAGUCACCUUUUUUAACAUCGUAGACCUUAACAUUGGCAUCACUGAGGCUGGAAAACAGUGACGUCACUAGCAAGCAUUAGCACAACAACAGUCUGUGUGGGAAGACGUGAGGCUUUUUUGGGGGCUCAACCGAUACGAACAUCACCGAUACCAAUUUUAAGGAGCUAAACCUUCUGCUAAAUGAUAAUAUCAGUGGAUAUUAUCAAAAUGUAAACAGCUAAAACAGUGCUUUACUGACUAAAAUGAUUGCUAGUUUUCUUAAACUCAAACAUUAAAUUAACAAAAAUUAUAAAAAGCCUGUAAAUAUUGUUGGUGGAGCUUCCCAGCAUUUCGUUGGUUUCUGUUAAUUAGCUCUUAUUGCAUCUGAUCUUUUAACCUGAAAGUGAUCAAGUUUAAAGGUAGGUUUGAAUGCAUAUUUUUUGUUAUUUUAAUUAAGAUGAAAGCAUUAAAAUGCUCAAAAAAUAAAGAAAGCUGAGCUGUCAUUCAUUGCAAUGUAAAACCAGCCAAUAAUGUAAAUAUUAGUGCCAAUAUCAAGCAAAUGUAAAUAUACAAUAUAAAUAUCAACAGCAUUUUUCAACAAUCUUGAUGAAUGAUAUACCGGUUGGGCCCUUCUUUCUUUGGUGCUUCGAGAUGUAUUUGGUAUUAAAAGCACACGGUGCUGAGAACGAAAUGGUGGGAGUUUUAUUUGGUUUUGUGAGUUUAUACCUCAUUGACCUCCAGGGCCUUUACUUUGGCCUUUGAGUUCAAAUGUGAAGGAUGGAAAAUUACUGUGUAACAGCCACUCAAUGCCAUAUCACUGCUGCUUUUGUAGGACUGUAAUCAUAAGAACAGGUACUGAAGAUUAAUUUUGAAUAUGGAAAGUGGCUGCGUGAUUAUUCACUCGAUUAUUUACUCGAUUAUUAGCAGAUAUCAGGAGUCAGUUGUGAUUUUUUCAUUUUGAAUCCUCUCCAGUAUCAUUGCUAACUUUGCCUUGGUGCGUUUCCAAUAUUAUGGCCACAUCGCUUCCACUCUGUUUCAGCGUUUUUGGGUGUUUAAAGUCGUCAAUCCUAUGCAACAUCAUCCUGGAUUUCAAACGGAAGCCAAAUACUGUAGCUAUCUAGACACUUUAAGCACUGCCAAUAUACAUAAACAUAUAAAUCUAUAUAUAUUGAAUGUACAAUGUGUAAAUAGUCUGUGAAUAACUCUAGGAUAUGUGCCUAUGAUUUUUUUUUCUGAAUUAUGAUGAUUGCUAUAAGUCAUUGCAAGCACAGAUUCUGUACGUGUCGAGUUAAUCUCUGAAUGGAUCCGAGUUGUGUUAUUGAAUGUGUAUUUUGCUGUGUACAUAUAAUAACAUAUCUGAAUACAGCUGCAUUUUGAUGAAUACUCUUUUUACUACAUGUUUAUAACAGUGCGUGGAGAUGGGUAUUUUGUGUACAGUGUCUUUUUCAUCUAAACAGGUGUUCGCUGAUAAAAAUCUCUGACAGGACGAUGGUGAUGAUGAUGAUGCCUCUCAAGGAUAUACUGAUCACUGUACCAGUCUUAAAUUAUUUACAAUUCAAUAAAACUAAUGAUUAUUUAUGAA